AGCCGGUGUCAGUCUGAGAGUUUCCAGCUUAUGCCCAGAGGUGGUGGGGGCAUGACAUCACAAAGUGAUAAGGGAAUAAAGUGUGUGGUGGUGGGUGACGGUGGAGUGGGAAAGACCUGCAUGCUCAUCACAUACGUAACCAAAGAGUUUCCCUCUGAGUACAUCCCCACAGUGUUUGAUAACUACUUUGCUACAGUGACGAAUGGUGAGAAGUACAAUCUGGAACUCUGGGACACUUCAGGUCAGGAGGACUAUGACAGAUUGCGACCCCUCAGCUACCCACAGACCGACGUUUUCCUCGUCUGUUUCUCCGUGGUUUCACCCAAAUCUUUUCAAGAGGUCACAAACAAGUGGUUGCCAGAGAUUGCGUACCACCGUCCGGGGACCCCCUUCCUGCUGGUCGGGACUAAGGUGGAUCUGAGAGAUGACAGAUACACCCUGGAGAUGCUGGGCAAGAAAUACGAGCAAGUUGUGACCUUCAAGGACGGCGAGGAAGUGGCUCGUCACCUGAAAGCUGUCAAAUACAUGGAGUGCUCAGCUCUUACACAGAUAGGAGUGCAGGAUGUGUUUGAAGAGGCCGUCCUCGCUGCUCUGGGGAAGUCAAGUUCCAAACCCAAGAAGUGCUGCACUCAUCUAUAGAUGUCACAAGAAGUAGAACAAGAGGAGGAAAAUGACCUUAUCCUCCUCCUCUUGGAGAAGUUGGAGGUUUGACCUGGAAGAGAGUAGUAGCCUCGAUGUGAACAAAGGAAGGAUGCUUAACACUAGUUAGACCAAAAACAAUAUAAAUAUCUCUUUAUUUAGCAAGCAGAGCUGAAAAUGCUCUAAAAAUAAAAAUACAAAAGUAUAUUGGACAAAUAUAAAUAAUUUAUGCAGAUUUAUUAUUAAUGAGUGCAGGCAAGUCUUUAUAUACAGUAGUUUAGGUUUUUCUGAACUUAUGUUUACAUUGUAAUUUUUAUGCAGUAUUAAUUAGUGUCAUUCACUCGCUCAUUUUUUUAAUGGACACAAACUUCUAUCAACUAAUAUCAUUCUCAGCCUCUACAGCUUUGCAUUGACCUGUUCAUAUGCAGCUUGUGUUUAAGGUACAACCAUGUGAGCAGGAAACUGCACGCAGGAAACCAUCUAUUCCUUAGUAGGUUUUAAAAUGAUUUAAUUACAACCGUAGAUGAACAACAACACAUGACAUAUUAUUUAUUUAACAAAGCUGUCACACGAAGAAGCAGUGUGUGAUUUGGGAUCAUUUGGGCUGUAAAGUGGAUCGGGGGGCGCUGAUGCACUUUACUUUUGCUUCCUUUGGUGCAAAUGAAAGUGACACGAGGUUCACUGGAGAGGGAACAGGAAAAUAGGAAAAGGGGAAAAAAGAGACUGGUUUUACAGAUAGUAACCAAAAACCAUUGCUCUGUCCUUACAUCUGAUCUUUUUCUCCAGUUCAACUUUUUGUUUAUGUCCUUGUCACUGCUGGUAGCAUGAGAUGGUGCUUCCAACACAUUCAGGUUGGAGAGGUAGAACAACUUCUCCAGAAUGGCAUAUCGAUGCAAGCUGACCUCUAGGUGCUCUCUAUGCCCUUUGGUGUUUCUGAAACGCUUCACAAGCAGAGACUAAUGAGGUGGGUUUUGCUUGCUCAAGAAUACAAUUUGGACAUUUACGAGUAAAGGUGUGUCUUUAC